AUGGGUGACUUGCCACCCGACCGCGUCAGGGCCAUCCGACCAUUCGUUGGAGUCGGCACAGACUUUGCUGGCCCCUUCCUCGUCAAGUCCUCCUACCUUCGUAACACGCGUUCACAUAAGGCCUAUCUGUGUGUUUUCGUGUGCCUCUCCACUAAGGCCGUUCACUUAGAACUUGUAAGUGCCCUCAGCACCGAAAACUUUGUGGCCACGCUGGGCCGCUUCGUAUCGCGUCGCGGUUUGCCGGACCUGAUCCGGUCUGAUUGCGGAACGAAUUAUAAGGGCACGGAUAGAUAUUUGAAAGAGGUCGUCGAGUUUCUGUCCAGCAACAGCCCUUAUUUAGGUACUCCGAUGUCCAAGAAGGACAUCCAGUGGAAAUUCGACCCUCCGGUUUGUCAACACUGGGGCGGUAUUUUUGAGGCAGUGGCUUAG